AUGUCUGAGUCCUAUGCUGUUAACCUAGGCAAGAAGACUUGCACUUGUAGAGUGUGGCGACUUAAUGGGUAUGGAUGUGUGCAUUCAUUUGCAACUAUAUCAUUUCUCAAUAGAUAUGUUGGUGGUUAUGUUGAUACAAUGUUCUAUGGAGCAGUCUACAAGAACACCUAUAAGUAUCUAAUUCAGGGGAUGAAUGGUAGCAAUAUGUGGCCACCUACUGACUUCAUACCACCUCUUCCACCAAUGAAGAGAAGAAUGCCAGGUAGACCAAAGGUUAACAGAAGAAGAGAUGCAUCAGAGAAGCUACCAAGGCACACUGUGUCUAAGGCAGGGAAAAAAAUAUCAUGCAGCGUGUGUAAAAAUGUGGGGCAUAAUAAGGUCACAUGUCCUCAAGCUGAAAGACCUCAAGUGCAAAAACCUGAAGUUGGUAGGAGGCUCAAACUAAAUGUUAAAAAAAGGAAAACAGGUGUCAAUGAAAAAGGUGAAGGAGCAGGAGGUGUCAAUGAAAAAGGUGAAGGAGCAAGAGGUGUCAAUGAAGGGCAAAAGGGUCAAGGGCAAAAUCAAUGCAUGAGGGGAAAAAGGGUCAAGGAGAAGAAGGUGUUGCUGCUGGAAGGAGAUGUAAAAGAAAGAAAUCAGAUAGAAUCAAAAAGAUGA